CCCACGACAAGACACACUAGUACACCCACUUAACACACCACACGUACUGAGGCAUCAAGAGGUUUUGUUCUCCACUAACUUUUUUUAAUCACCACCUUUCUACGGUGGCAAAUUCCACCGCCGGCGGGUGAGGCGAUGUACCGGGCUCGGGGCAUCAACUCCACGGGAGAAAAGUAGCUUGAUGAGUGUCCAAAGUAGUGGAAGUUUGGAGGGGCCGCCAUCUUGGUCCCAGCUCUCCACGUCCUCAACACUGACCGUGUUUCAGGAACAUACCACGGCGCUGCUGAAGGCCCUUGAAGGCGCCAUGGAGGAGCUGCACAGCCUGGACCCCCGCAGACAGGAGCUGCUGGAGGCUCGUUUCAUGGGCGGGGUCAGCGGCAGCACCGGUGGCAGCACUGGGAGCACAAGUGGAGGAACCAAAGGUUUGACCACCAAUGAAUGUUCAAACCAUAGUUUUGGAAGCUUGGGAUCUUCAAGUGACAAAGAAUCAGAGAGCUCAGAUGUGAAAAGAGGCGGCUCACCAGCUUACUCGACUCCAGAGAAGAAGCAGUCUGAAACACCCAGAGGCAGAAAAAGAAAACCUGAUGUUCAGUCAGAGAGUAGCCAAGGAAAGACAAGUGCGCGGGGCCCCAAAAUAAGUGAUUAUUUUGAUUUCCAGGCAGGGAAUGGCUCCAGCCCAGUGAGAGGCCUCCCGCCAGUGAUUCGUUCGCCUCAGAAUUCUCACUCGCACUCCGCUCAGGGCACCGCUUUCCAGGGUAGACAAAAUAGCUCCUCACCUCCCAGUCUGUUCUUUGGUGAGCACAUGGCACAUCCAAAACAACUGGCGACGAAAUUUGUUCAGACUGAUCUCACAGUGUUGAAGCUGGCUGCCCUUGAAAGCACGAAGAAUCUCGACCUUGAGAAGAAGGAGGGGAGAAUAGAUGAUUUGUUACGGGCCAACUGUGAUCUCAGGAGACAGAUAGACGAACAACAAAAGUUACUUGAAAAAUACAAGGAACGCUUGAAUAAAUGCAUCACCAUGAGCAAGAAACUACUUAUAGAAAAGAGCAAUCAAGAGAAGCAGGCCUGUCGAGAGAAAAGCAUGCAGGAUCGGCUGCGUUUGGGCCAUUUCACCACGGUGAGACACGGCGCAUCGUUCACCGAGCAGUGGACGGACGGCUACGCCUUCCAGAACCUCGUCAAACAGCAAGAGUCGAUAAAUCAACAAAGGGAGGACAUUGAGAGGCAGAGGAAACUACUGGCCAAGAGGAAACCGCCUUUGUCCAACAACUCACAAGCACCCGCCACUAACUCUGAGCCAAAGCAACGCAAAACCAAGGCAGUGAAUGGAGCCGAAAGUGACCCUUUCCUCAAACCUAGCCUACCUCAGCUGCUAACGCUGGCUGAGUACCAUGAACAGGAGGAGAUCUUCAAGCUGCGACUUGGUCACAUUAAGAAGGAGGAAGCCGAGAUCCAGGCGGAGCUGGAGCGUCUGGAGAGGGUUCGCAACCUUCACAUUCGGGAGUUGAAGAGAUUAAAUAAUGAGGACAGCUCACAAUUUAAAGAUCACCCAACGUUGAAUGAACGAUACCUGCUCUUGCACCUUCUCGGGAGAGGGGGAUUCAGUGAAGUUUACAAGGCUUUUGACUUGAUCGAACAACGAUACGCCGCUGUAAAAAUCCACCAACUCAACAAAAACUGGAGGGAUGAGAAAAAGGAGAACUACCACAAGCACGCGUGUCGAGAGUACAGAAUACACAAGGAGCUGGACCAUCCCAGAAUCGUGAAACUUUAUGACUACUUCUCACUGGACACAGACACGUUUUGCACUGUUAUGGAAUACUGCGACGGCAACGACUUGGAUUUCUACUUGAAGCAGCACAAGCUCAUGUCGGAAAAGGAGGCUCGCUCCAUUGUCAUGCAGAUAGUCAACGCGCUGAAAUAUCUGAAUGACAUCAAACCACCCAUCAUCCAUUACGACCUUAAGCCAGGUAACAUCUUGUUAGUGGACGGGACGUCCUGUGGUGAAAUUAAAAUCACAGAUUUUGGUUUGUCCAAAAUUAUGGAUGAUGACAACUACGACGUGGAUGGGAUGGACCUGACAUCCCAGGGUGCUGGGACAUACUGGUACUUGCCUCCUGAAUGUUUUGUGGUUGGUAAAGAGCCUCCAAAGAUCUCCAACAAGGUGGAUGUGUGGUCUGUGGGUGUCAUCUUUUUCCAGUGUCUGUAUGGAAGGAAGCCGUUUGGACACAAUCAGUCACAGCAGGACAUCCUUCAGGAGAACACCAUACUCAAAGCUACCGACGUCCAGUUCCCCGUCAAGCCUGUUUCCAGUAAUGAAGCUAAGGCCUUUAUACGGCGCUGCCUGGCGUACAGGAAGGAGGACCGGAUCGGCGUUCACCAGAUGGGGAGUGACCCCUACCUGCUCCCGCACAUACGGAGGUCCAGCUCCUCCGGGAAUCUUCAGAUGAAUGCAGCUGGCUCAGGACUGGCCCCUUCCGGCAUCAUCUCAUACUGACAGCCCGAUACUGUGACUCAGCCUGACCAAGCGCACGGCGAGCCUACCCGAGGCCAGCGAGCGAGGAGCGGGGUGACCGCACUUCACCUGCUGGGCCUCCACUGGCUUGAUUAAAGGAUGGAUGGAUGGAUGGAUGGAGGACGGGACAGGAAAGUUUGCUUUUUUUUUUUUUUUUAAGAGUAAAGGACACGUGCUUAUUAGCCGCUUUAAGGAGAUGAUAAAAGCACUGAAACAGACUCCGUACCUUGAAGAAAAUGUGAGUGGACGGUGAUGAAAUGUCUCAAAUGGAGAGAGCGGGAGAGCAGGCACCCCGCUGUUAAGCGUUAACGGUCACGCCGGUGCCAGGAUAAAAUGUUUGAGCUGCUCAAAAUGAAUAUACUUUAUGGAGGACAGUCGCCAAGUAGGUUUACCGUUGAUUUGGUUUCAGGUUCCGUUCCCAUUCGUUUAGGCUUUAAUUUGACUUUGUUAGCUAUUAGAAUGUAACGCGUAGCAUGCGAGGGACAUCUAGUUUCAUGUAGGCCGGGGGAGCUUUCAGUACUUCCGCUUCAUGCACAAAGUAACCAAAUGUAGACUUGUGGCAUAAAAUCCUAUGCAGGAAUAAUAGUACAGAUAACUUGGAAGAGUCUAUUCUGUACAGUUUGUCUUUGAAUUUCCAAUUGCAGCAGUAACAUGUACAAAGCGUUAAAAUGUCCACUGCAAAGGGCUUUUUGGGUGGAUUAAUUUUGCUGCUUUUGUUGCUCUUAUUUUUCCAAGGGCUGUAUAUUUUACUUCGGGUACAUAUAGUUCCACUCAGAGUGAAUAAUAAAUGAAAGGAAUUGUUUCUCCCCCAAAGUGAACAA